GGAGGCACUCCCGGACGCAAGUGCCACCACGCUUUCCACUUCGCCUCGGUGAUCAUCAUGGCUGGCGACAAGGCGGCAUCACAACAAGUGUCGACAGUCGAACUCGCGCUGAACGACCAAUUGUUCGGCAGCAAGGGCAAAGGGUAUGCCGCGUUGAAGCGACCACUCACCGACGACAACGCAGUCCAUCGCCAAGCUGCGUGGAUAGAUGAAGAUGACGAGCACGUGACAGUCGAUUUGGAAGAUUCGUCCCGCCUGCGGAAGCUGCGCAAAUCCGACGACGAAACCCAAGUCCAGGGUGAUGUGUUCCAACAACGCCUCAAGAAACAAUUUGAAUCGGGCCGAUCGGUUGCGUCCUGGGCCGACUUUGGUGCGAUUGACGCCAAGAAACGCGCAGGUCGUCGCAGCGACGGCGAGGACGAUGACGAGGAAGAGUUCGACCUCUUUGCCACGUCGGGGUCGCUCAUGGAGAGGUCGCACGAUGUGUUGCUUCCAGGGACGCUGGAAGUGGGCCGUGUGAAGGAUGCCAACCAGCACGGACAGUCGAACGCGGUGAUCCAGUCGGUGCAGUUUCAUCCGAAUGGGCAGCUCUUGCUAACGGCCGGGCUUGACAAAACAUUGCGACUCUUCCAAAUAGACGGCAGUACGAACGCCAAGGUCGAGAGCAUCUUCCUCAAGGACAUGCCAAUCUCGUGCGCCAAGUUCACCGCAGAUGGCAAGCGCAUCGUGAUGUCGGGCCCACGCACGUUUAUCCACACGUAUGACAUGGAGUCCGGAUCUGUUCAGCGCAUCCCUCGCAUCGGAAACCGAAAGGAACGCAAAUGGGACUCAUUCGCUGUGUCCCGCAGCCACGCCGCGUUUCUCGGGAACGACGGCAUCAUUGCCCUCUUGUCCUCGGCAUCUUACGAGUGGAUGGGCAACAUCAAAAUGAACGGGUCUGUGCGAUCGGCGACGUUCUGCGACGACAACAACUACCUCUUGACCACCGGGAGCGAUGGCGACGUGUACAAGUGGGACAUGCGCACUCGUCGCUGCAUCUACCGCGUGGGCGACGAAGGCAGUCUCGGAAGCGGUGCGAUUGCCGCCAAAGGCAAGUACGUUGCCGUCGGCGCUGACUCGGGCGUUGUAAAUGUGUACGAUAUCAACACGCUAUCUGCCACUGCGACACACCCCAAGCCCGCCAAGACGUUCCUGAACUUGACGACGUCGAUCGACCAGUUGUUGUUCAACCCCGACGGACAGAUCCUCGCCAUGUCGUCGAAAGAAACCAAGGACGCGCUCAAGAUGGUGCAUGUGCCGUCCAUGACGGUGUUUGCCAACUGGCCGACAGCCAAGACGCCUCUGCAAUAUGUCACGAGCAUGGACUUCAGCCCGAGCGGAGGGUACUUUGCACUGGGGAACGCGCGAGGCCGUGUCCUGCUGUAUCGAUUGAACCAUUACGCGUCAACUUAAUCUAAAUGCGAGACUGUACAAACUUGUCGUCGGCAUCCUGGCG